GCAUUUUUUCUAGAGACCCCAUUGCCAACUUUCUCGCACUUGCUUUCUUACUUUUUGGACUCGUUUUCAAACCUCUCUCUCCGUCCUUUUUCCUCUCUCUCUCUCGUCCCCAUCUCCAUGUCUGCCCUCUGCUAAACCCUCAUCUCAGUUCUGCAGAAAAUAAACAGAGAACGAUUGCAAGACAUGGGCGCUUCUGGGAACAAUCUGCUCCAAGUCAUCGCCAAUAAUUUAGAUGUUCUUUUACUGCCUUUAGUCACCCUGGUAUACCCUUUAUAUGCUUCGAUUAAGGCUAUAGAGACCAAGUCCAUUGCUGAUGAUCAACAAUGGCUCACCUAUUGGGUUCUUUAUUCCUUGAUCACGCUCUUUGAGCUCACAUUUGCCAAAGUUCUUGAAGCGCUUGCUAUUUGGCCUUAUGCCAAGUUGAUUCUCAGUUGCUGGUUGGUGCUUCCACAUUUCAAUGGGGCAGCACAUGUUUAUAAGCACUAUAUUAGGCCCUUCUACAUGAACCCACAGAUGCCCCAAAUUCCUCAAGCUUCUCAUAUGUGGUAUUUUCCCCGUAAGAAGGACAUAUUUGGUAAACAGGAUGAUGUUCUGACUGCUGCUGAGAGAUACAUGGAGGAGCAUGGAACAGAAGCAUUUGAGAGGCUUAUUCACAAGGCUGAUAGAGAGGCUAGAUCGAGAAGGAAUGGAAAUUACAUGGUCUUUGAUGAUGACUAUAUAUAUUGAAGGGUGUUUCUGGAUGACAUUGAAUUCACCAGAGUUGUUUUCCAUGCCGAAGAUCUGUAAGAAGCAUCUUGUCCGCAUCAGUAGGGCAUUGGAGGAAAACAUAUCUUGAUCUGUCAAACUUUGAAAGGUUGAGAAAACUGAACUGAUUUCCUCCGAUUUUCACAUGUAGUUUCUACUCCUUGCUCAAAAUUCUCUAGGUAACUCUAGUCAUAACUGAAAGAUAUGUUUCAGGGAAUUAAAUUCAAUGUGUAAAGGAAUCAUCGCCUUUGGAUUAGCUUCUCUCUCAUUCUCAGCUCAGUGACAAAUGAUAAGUAUGGGGUUGUUCUUGCUUCAAUGGGCUACUGUACUCUGUGAAAGCAUGAAGAAUCUUAUAAUUAGGAAUGGCCAGAGGUCAUGUGAGCUUGUU